AUAACACGCUAAGCAGUUUUUGCAGUGCAAGCAGUCUAUUUUUUCAAAGCAAAUUCACUCAAUUAAAACAGUUAAGGGGAUUAGUGACUUAAAACCUCUGUGGGUUUAUAAGGGCAAUUGUCACCAAUAAAUUUAGGUGAGAAAAUGGACAAACCUGAAUUACUGCUCUGCAUUGGAGGUUAGCAUGACAGGAGAGAAGGCUAGAUAUGUAUGACAGAGAGAGAGAGAGGAAUAAAGUGGAAAGACCAGUUUCUCUCAGACAAAGAGAAGAGAGGGAGUGUCCACCUGUCGAUAGCUGACAGCAACACUCGGCCCUGGUAGGUCAGGAUGACGAAGAGAGCAAGAAAGACAGAUAGAAAGAGUGGGAGAGGAUCCUGCAUGUAGUUAACGAUCAUCAAUGAGCUUUAAUCACCCUACCUUUCACCCUAUCUAUUUUUGGACUCACCCAAAAGCCCAACACUGCAGGGCAACUUCAAAACAAGAGAAGCCAGCCAACAGAUAGCAGGAGAAUAGGUGAAAAGGGCGGGACUAGGUUACAGCUGAGGGUGUGGCUAAGACAAACAAGGAGCCACUGCGUUCAGGAAACUAAACAAAAAAAACCUCAAUAAGCACACAAACAGCGGCACCUAAAGAGUGCGUGAUAACCUGGCUCAGUGUUUGCAGGAGCUAGGCAGAACGGCGGAAGGCUUUUGGCGAUAACCCCAACCUGCUGCUGCUGCUGCUGUGUGUGUAUGAAGCAGGGUGGCUAUGUCACCGCCUGGGUAAGACCUCAGGAGAAGGACCUCAUCAACACCUCCAUCUGAAGGAACUGGGAUUAUUUUAAAGGACGAAAGGAUUAUAGAGUUUGGCGUCCUUCAGAUAUACUGACAUACAGGAUGUCUGACUCCCAGUGCCAGACGGGGGACACCCUCUGCUAUGUGCGUGUGUACGAGCAGGAGGUGAUCGUGGUGCUGUUUUGUGCAGAUGUGCGUGUGUACGAGCAGGAGGUGAUCGUGGUGCCCGUGUUGCUGUUUUGUGCAGAUGUGCGUGUGUAUGAGCAAGAGGUGAUCGUGGUGCUGUUUUGUGCAGAUGUGCGUGUGUACGAGCAGGAGGUGAUCGUGGUGCCCGUGCUGCUGUUGGCAUCGUUCCUGGGCGUUCUGAUUCUCCUGCUUCUGCUGCGCUUCUGCCCUGAGAAAGUGGACCGUCUGCGACCAUCGGCCAACAAAGGCAGUAAAGGCCAACGCUCCAGGAGAAACCUCCAGGGCAUCGAUGCCCCUCCAGGCAUCAACCCUCUGGAGCACGAGAGCAUCGCUCUGGACCUGCCGUCCUACUCCACCUUCACGCCCCUGGCGUCCUCCAGCGGCGUGUCCAGCAUCUACUCCAGCGGCCGCGGCUCCUUCAGCGUCGACAACGACACCUUCAGCCUCCCGCCCGGCUCCGUCUCUGCGGACACCGUCGCCAUGGUUGGUGCCGCCAAAGAGCCACGCCACCGCCUGCCCGAGAAGUUCAAGCUGGUCACUCCGCUGCCCUCGUCCUACUCACUGAAGUCCGACAGCACAGUCUCGCUGUACCGCGCCAGGAUGGACAACAGGAAUGUGGUUCUCAGAGUGCUAAAAGACUCGGCCAGUGCCGGUGAGUCUCAGUCGUUCCUGGGCUUUGCCUCCUUCCUGUCCCAGCUGGGGCCCCACCCCUUCCUGCCGGAGCUGCUGGGUGUGGUGUCCGUGCGAGCGCCGCUCAUCACUGUCACUGAGGAAAUGGAGAACAGGGACAUGCUGGGCUUCCUGUGGAGGUGCAGGCAGGAAAAUGUGGGCGUGGAUGCGCUCUGUGAGAUGACGGAGAAACGCGUCUUCACCAUGGCCUCCCAUGUAGCCUCUGCCCUGGAGUAUCUCCACAGCAAAAAUCUUGUACAUGGCAACAUAAAAGCACGCAGUGUUCUGGUCAGUCGUCAGUUCACGGCCAAACUGUGGGGUCUUGGUGGUGCCUAUGCUAGGGGGGCGGGAGCUACCCAUGCCCAUGAGGAUUCUGGCAAGAAGUGGCAGGCGCCAGAGCUAUUGGCCAGAAGGCCUAUCAGUCAAAAAAGUGACGUCUGGUCUUUCGGACUCAUGCUCUAUGAGAUGGCGACACUAGGGGAAGCUCCAUUCGCCGAGUUGCCUGUGACUGAGCUACUGCAGUACCAUCAGCGAGGCAAAAUCAUCAAGAAGCCACCCAACUGCUCCAAUGCACUGUACGCCAUCAUCAAGGCCUGCUGCCAGUGGAAGGAACAGGAUCGCGUCUCAUUGGCCGAAGUGAGUCGCAAGCUCCAAUCCGGUGAGAAGAGUGCCAAUGACAAGACUGUCUUCCGAGUGCCUGAACUGAUCAACAUCGAGCGUUACCUCAAGGAGGCCGGCUAUGGAGACUCUAAUAACUACACAGUCUUCUGAAGAGCCAACUGGGGAGGCUUUGUACUGUUGAUCUACGAGCUAUGAUCAUCUAAGUCUUUCUACUUGCGUAUUGUUUCCAGUUUCUCACAUUCAGGAAAAAUAAUUAAAUGUUUCCUUUCGCAAUGAAGGAACAGCAGUUCUUACAGUGUCCUUGUUCCUCUAAUCCGCUGUGUUCUGGGCCUUUACUCACUUUACCUUUCCUGUAGUGAAUCGCAGAUCAAUCAGUCCAUCUCCUUGAGCCGUCCCACACUAGAACCCCUUUUCUCCACUUCCCGUUGCCUGUCAUCUGCACUGUGCUGUGCAGUGCGCUGAAAACGACCUGCUUAUGUUGGCCAAGCCAGGGAAUUUACUCUCCGUAUGCGCACGCAGUUUACACACGGGAGUAUGCAUGUGGCCCAGAGGAUUCCCUGUGGUUUACUGUGCGUAGUUGACCCCUUCAGCAGGAGCAAGAGAGGCCACCACAUAGAGCCUUGUGUUGUGUUGUAUGGGCUGAGAUCAAACGCUGUGGAAAUAAUCCAUCAAACACAUUAUGGCAGUAGACUUGAACAUGGAAACCACUUCAAUUGCUCCGGUACUGUAAAUAUAAGGUUAAUAUUCUCGUGUUUACCAAGAAGUCUAAGAUUAAUAAUAUAUUCAGAUGAAAUCAAUUUAGUUUAUUAUGUGAGAUUGCUGGUAUUUUACACAUUAUGUAUUUUCUUUUGUAGAUUAAUAAUAUAAAAAAGGGGACCAGCUGCCAAUACCAAACGUAACCCAAAGGCACAUGGUCUAUCUAUCUGCCCCCACCUUAUGAUGGCCUGAAAGAGAAAACCAACAACAUGGGAUCACACAAAUACAGCUUGUGACAGAAUCCCAUUCAACAUUUUGUCACUAAGAGUUAAAAAAAACUGCUCUAUGACAAUCACCUCUUUUUUUAAAGGAAGAUUUGUUUCCUAGCUUGGUGUUGACGAAAGGCAGCAGGACGUGGUCUGGUUGGCCUGAUGAGGGAUUUGAGGCGUGUGAUGUGAAGUGAUGAAGUGUCAUCUUGGCGUUUGAUGUGAAGUGUUUAAAAUGUGUCCCUCUAAUGUGUACAGGUGUCUAAUAAAAAUAAACAAAACUGUCAAA